AUGCCCGGCUACUGGAACCCGUUGACUGACAUGCCCAGUCUUGAAGGCAAGGUAGUUGUUGUGACUGGGGGCAAGCUCACCGUUUGCAGUGCCGGCAUCGGAUUGUCAACCGUCAAGUUCAUCGCCCUACGAGGCGCUAGAGUCUAUUUCACCGCGAGAUCCAAAGACAAGGCCGACAGGGCCCGGGCUCUUCUCACGUCAGAGAAUCCUGAGAUUGACAAUGGUCGACUCCACUGGCUGCCGCUCGAUCUGGCGGAUCUGGCAUCCGUCUCGGCAGCGGUUAAGGAGCUGAAAUCGAAAGAAAGCAAAGUUGAUAUUCUAAUCAACAACGCCGGCCUUUGCUCUGCGUCUACGCAGACAGUAGGCCCCGGAUGGGAAUGGCACAUGGGGGUCAAUCACGUCGGCCACUUCGUCUUCACAAACGGCGUAUUCCCUCUGCUUAAAAACGCAACGAUGCAGCCAGGGGCUGAUGUGCGCAUCAUCACGCUCAGCUCCAACGUCAACUAUGCCAUCCUGCCUUCCAACUACCAGUUCACGUUCGACUCCCCGUCAUUCCUUGCCAGCCCUGUCCCCUACUACCCCUGGCAAUGGCGGUAUCUCUCUCGUCACGUCUUCGUCGUCGACAUGAUCCGGUACUCGGUCUCCAAGGUCGCCAACCUCCUGUUCGCCCAGGAGCUCCAGCGGCGGAUGGACGAGCGGGGGCUGCCGAUCCUGUCCAUCUCGGUGCACCCAGGAGGCGUGGCCAGCGAGGGGACCAAGGGUAUUGGGAAUUCGGUCUUUUCGCUCGCCAGGGCGGCCGUGUUCUUGUCGACUGACCAGGGCGCCGUGACGUCUCUCUUUGCGGCCACCGCGAGCGAAGUGCGCGAGAACGCCGACGUGUUCAAGGGUAAAUACCUGGAGCCUUAUGGCAAAGUUGUGACACCGAAUCCGAUCGCAAACGACGCAAAACAGGUCAGGGGGAUGUGGGACAACACGACAGCGGAAGUCAACAAACAUCUUUCAGAUAUUGGGAUGGCGCCGCUGCAGCAGUGGUGA